GGCUUUCUAAUAUUAGCACUUGUAAUUCAUCUAGUUUUUAAGUCUGAUUUGAGCAGUUGUUUGGUACGUGGUUGUCAGUUUCUCACUUCAUAUAGUUAUAGCAAAAUUCUUGUUUAAAAAAAAAAAAAAACACUACACUUCACUUAUUCCGAUUUAAAAUAAUUUUAAAAUUCUAUCGUAUCUCACAUUCCACUUACUUAGCAACUAAACCUAACUGCUUUAUAAUCAAUUGUAAUCAAAACACACACUUUUUACGUUAAGAUUUAAACAUGUCGUACCCAAUUAAAUAUUUGUCACUACAAAAAGCUGAGCUUGAAUAUGAGGUGAUCCUUAGAGGUGGUUCAACUGGUUCGGUGCAGGACCUCCGAAGCCAGAUAGUAAAAUUGGCCAUACCUCCUGAGGACAUUUUGGAAUCACAUUUAGAGCCUGCGGUUGACCUUGAUGCUGUUAAAGACAGUCUAACAAAAUCCCAAACGAUGCUAGCAUCCCUCAAAUCUAAAUUUGAUAAGACCCUGUUCUUGCGUACCGAAAAUCUACUACACCACAUAUAUCACAGAUUAAGGCGUAUCUCAAACGUUAGUGCCACGUUAGUUGACCAGCACAAAAAUUAUUGCACUACCUUUAACAACCAAUACAAAGAAAUUACGACGUUGAGGCCGGCAUCAACCUCAAAUGCAAAUGCAGUCUCAGUUUUGGAACCUGAAGCUACGGCGGUACUCCACUGUGAUCGUAACCUGACUUCUGACUUGGCAAAACUAAAGUACUCUGGAAAAGCCUGCGUUUUUUCUUUCAUUCAAAGAGUUGAAGAAUUCGUAGAGGUUAGGAAUAUAUCAAAGGAUCGUGUAUUGAAGUUUGCCUACGAGAUUUUCACUGAUGACGCAUUACAUUGGUUCCGUUGCAAUAAAGAAAGUUUUCAAAGCUGGGACGAUGUCGUCGUCCUAUUAAAAAAAGACUUUAGUCCAAAGAAUUACGACUAUCGCCUGACUAAUGAAAUAAAAUAUCGUACGCAAGGGGAACAAGAAAACAUUUCUAUUUACUUGUCUAUUAUGCAUGGCAUGUUUUCGCGAUUGGUUAAACCGUUGUCUGAGGAAGAAAAACUCGAAAUUAUCUUACAUAACAUCCGGCCAUGUUAUGCCAGCACCCUAGCCGCUUCACCUGAGAUCAAGGACCUAAAGACAUUAAAAACCCUUUGCACAAACUAUGAGGACAUUCAGUCACGCUUAUCCUUGUUUCAUGAACCGCCUAGGGUGACUUCUGAGACUCUAGCCCCAGAAUUUGCCUACACUAAAUAUCAUAAAAAUAAUAUCUACUACACAAAUAAAAACUACCAAAAUACAAAUUCAAAUGAAAAACAGAAAAACUACUAUAAUCAAAACAAAUAUCCUAACUACUCGAGCUCUUACAACUACAACAAAUCUAAAACUACAGAGGAAAAGCCUACUACUACUAAUGCUGUACAAGCGACAGCAAACAGUACAAAAAAUGUCAACACUGCUAGUAACUCGCGUAAGUACUGUCCUAGGUGUCGCACUGAUACACACUCUUUGAAAGAAUGCAAACAGCCACACUUCCCUAUCUGUUUUAAAUGUGGUAAUAAAGGUGUACGCUAUCCUGAUUGUAAAUCCUGUAAUCCUAAAGAUGCAAAAAAACUAAAUUCAGUGGAUUGUAGUGUACAUAAUCUUUCUAAAAAAUCUAGUGAAAACUUUAGUGAUUCAGAGUGGAAAUCUUGGCUCAACUUCAUAUCUAAAUUUUUCACUUGCUAUUCAGUCACUGCAAUCCACGAUUCAGAUAAUAUACAUAACAGACCGUAUGUCUCAGUUCAGAUUAAUGGUAAAACUAUCCAUGGUUUGUUAGAUACGGGUAGUGGUUAUACAAUUCUAGGUAAUAACUAUCAUAAAGUUUUCUUGGAUGCGGGUUUCAAGCUCAACAGUACGGAUACGAUAAAUUUAUUCGCAGCUGGCAGGCAUAGACUAAACAAUAUUGGUAUGAUCAAUCUGCCUGUCUCGUUCUUAGAUCAAACCCACAUCUUGAAGGCCUACGUCGUACCAGAAGUCGAAAACUCCUUGAUAUUAGGCAUGGACUUCUGGAGAAUUUUCGAAUUGUUUCCUAAAAAACUAGAUUCCGUAAUUUUACCUAGGGAUGUUGAUAAAUUAGCCUCUCUAUCACUAGACCCUCAACCUACACACUUAUGUGACUAUGAUCAUCUUUCGCCUGAGCAAAAAGUUACGGCUGAUCAUAUCACUGCGCAGUUUCGUAACAUUUCAUAUGAAGAACGUGGUCUAGGCCGCACUUCUCUAAUUGCUCACAAUAUAGAUACCGGUAAUGCUGUUCCUGUUCGACAAAGAUACUACAGAAUUUCUCCUGAAAAACAAAGAAUACUAAACACUCAGCUUGAUGAAAUGUUGCGUGAAAACGUGGUAGAACCUUGCGAGAGCCCUUGGUCGUCCCCUGUUCUGUUGACACCUAAAAAAAAAUGGCGAAAUGAGAUUCUGCUUAGAUAGCCGUAAAUUGAAUGCAGUUACCAUCAAGGAUGCUUACAGUAUUCCAUACAUUUCUGAGAUACUCGACAAUCUGCGUGACGCUAAAUAUCUCUCUAGUUUAGACUUGUCAAAGAGUUUUUGGCAAAUUCCUAUUAAGGAAGAAGACCGGUGUAAAACGGCGUUUUAUAUUCCUUCGCGUGGUACCUUUCAGUUUGUUUCUAUGCCCUUUGGCUUAACCAAUGCUCCAGCGACGCAACAACGACUGGUUGAUAUGUUGUUCUAUGGGCCUGAUUUUGAGCAUAAAGUCUUUGUCUACAUCGACGACAUUAUCAUUGUCUCAUCGACCUUUGAAGAACAUAUCUCCCUAUUAGUUAGAGUUCUAGAGAAACUUAAAAUGGCAAACUUAACCAUUGGUUACCAAAAGUGUCAAUUCUUCAGAAAUAGACUGAGUUAUUUAGGAUAUGUAGUAGAUGGAAAUGGACUACAACCGAACCCAGAAAAGAUUGAGGCAAUCAUUAACUAUCCAACUCCUACUAAUCGCAAGGAAGUUCGUCGGUUUAUUGGAACGGCAUCAUGGUAUCGCCGUUUUAUUCCAAAUUUCAGUUCUAUAGCUGCACCUCUAAAUAAACUUACUUCACAAGCUAAAAACUCACCCCCUUUUAACUGGUCUACCGAUGCUGAAGUCGCCUUCCGUACGCUAAAGGAAGCCUUAGUAUCUUCUCCUAUAUUGUCGUGCCCGGAUUAUACG